CUUACUUUGUGGCUGUUCUGAAACUUCACGUGUUCAAACCCAUCCCAGCUCCAGGGCUUGCGUGUGUGUGCGUGUGUGUGUGUGUGUGUCUGUGUUUUUGUGCUUGCUGGGAGGGAAAGGGUAAUCUCACCCUCCGCUAUAUAAAGGGACGUCAGGCAGAACUUCAACACCAGAUGUGCAGAUCUUCAUCCAGGUGCUCCUCCGUCAUCAUUCCUACGACUGAUCCUGCUCCUCAGAAGCUAUGACUUUACUGCUGACAGUGCUGGGAGCCUUGCUCUGCUCCUUGACGGUUUCUUCUGAAGUAACACCCCAAAGAGACUUCAAUUUACAAGGGAUGGCAGGGAAGUGGUACCUGAUUGGAUUUGCCACUAAUGCCCAGUGGUUUGUCAGCCGCAAAGGCAGCAUGAAAAUGGGCACGGCCAUGCUCACCCCAACUGCAGACGGGGACUUGGAUAUAUCGUAUUCCAGUCUCAGCUCUGACGGUUCUUGUUGGAGAAUGAACAACCUGGCCAAGAAGAGCGAUGUGCCCGGAAAGUUCACAUACACAAGUGAGCGCUGGGGGAAUGAGAAUGACAUGCGCAUGGUCGAAAUCAAGUACGACGAGUACGCCCUGACUCACACCAUCAAGACCAAGGGGGGUGAUCCUACCGUUGUCAACAAACUUUACGGCAGAGGAGUGGACCUCAGCGCUGAGCUGCUGGAGAAGUUCAGGCAGUUCUCCUUGGAGACUGGCAUCCUGCCAGAAAAUAUUGCUAUACUUCCCAAAAACGCUGAGUGCCCUGCAGCCUAAUUUUCUGCCAAAAGACGUCAUCUGAAGACCCUAUAAUGUUUCUCCUGAACAUUCAACAUCUGUCAAGGGUCACUUUCAUGAAUGGAAACAGAAUUUUUUUUUUUUUUCCAGUUUAUUUGCUCUGCUCUUUCAAAUGUUCCCAUUACCACUAAACAU